GCAACCAGUUUGAAAGCUGGAAAAACCAACGUCACUGUGCAAAGCACAGGGUUGUUCGCUUGUGAGACAAUCACAUUUGCUGAAUCGUUCUCUGGUGGAAAGCAAGUAAAAGUCUUUGCUUCCUUUGGUCACUCAGUUAACAACCAGGCCCGUGGUAAUGGUGCUGCUAUUUGGGUGGAAUCGGCAGAUAGAACUCAAUUCCGCGCUUGUAUCUACGAGUACAGCAACGGCUCAAAUUCAACUGCUGAGAUAAACUGGAUCGCCCUACAAUCUGCUCCCAAAGGAGCACAAGUAGGAACCACCUCCCUGGACUCUUGGACUACCGGGACAGAAUGUAAAAAGAUCGACUUUCCUCAGGUACGUUCAUUUGUGCUAGGAUUACCUACAAGGUGCCCAUGCAGGAUUAAUCUUUAAAAGGCAGAAACUGGUGAGUCAUGCAAGGUAUAGUCAAAAGAUGUAACUCACGACCGCAAAUGCGAUUUCUCUCAAGGAACUUAACCAGCUGUCAGUCAAUGAAUUUAGGCAGAAAAUUGACGUCACUUAAGCUGAAAGUUCAAUUACCUACAAUUAGAUACAUGCUGUUAUGCACGGACUUCAUGAUUUAACGAGAAAUGACGAUAAAAGUCUAAAAGGUGAAUCGUUAAUUUGUUUUCAGAACGAUUAGUACAAUGAUACAACGUAUUUUGUAAUGUGAUCUUUUGUUACGCGGCUCUCCCUCUUUGUCUUCCUGUGUUUUGUUUGUUUGUCUGUUUUUUUUUUUUUUGUCUUUUUUGGAAUGCGCAAUAUUAUAACUAAGACAGAUGUCCACUCCAUGACCAACACUAGCCCAACCAUGCAUAUUAUCACCUACCUACCCCCCCCCCGUCCACGACCUCAGACCCUCUCAUCACUCUUUCAUCCGUAUUUGAUUAUUACACUCCCAUAUAUACGAGUCUAAAAGCAUUAAAGCAUUAUUAUGUGGCAUUCACAUUUAAAUGGUAUGGAAAUUCCUGAAACAAAACGUUUUAAACCCAAAGGGUUUGAAUUGGGUACAACAUUGAGUUAGCCGAAUUGGUCUAUUUAAAUAACUUUACACAAAGUAAUUAUAUUUUACGAUAGCUCGUACUGUUUGUAAAAUAUUUUUGUUCUUUUCUCGCGGCUUCAAUGUGAAUGUCUCCUUCCAAAAGAAGUUUUUUCUGUAUGUGGGUGAAAGUCCGUGUAAUAUUAUGAAUCGCGCGUAAAUAAAUCAGAAAGAUUCGUUUUGUCGUUGUUUCAGUUCUGCUGUUGUUGUUGUACAGAGAUGAAGCACUGUUGACUAGAUUGCUCGACGUAACUUAAGUCACGGUCCCUGAUUAUAAAUUUGGGUGUUUACACCGUGAUGAAUAAGUUGUAAAUUUCGUUUGUCUUUUUUUUUGUUUUGUUUUUUUUAGCGUCCUUUAACUCAUUCAUCCUUUUUCUUUCCUUAUUUAAAGCGUUUUGCGACUCCUCCAAUCGUACUUGCGACUCCUAGUCACCAGUUUCCUGAGAGACCUCAAGACGCCAUGGCAGUGUGGGUCGAGGAGUUGACCGAAGACAGUUUUAAAAUCUGUGUUAGGGAAGUGAAGAUUUUUGACGGACUUCACAAAGGCAUUACUAUUGUAAGCAGAGUUAAAAUACUUUUAUCCAAGUGCAUCGACUUUUCUUAGCUACACAUAUAUUGUACUGUAUACAGAUUUACCAGAAUACUUACAAAAAUAUAUAGUCGAACUAACCAUACAUUUUUAGCUUCGAAAUAUCAUUCCUCGCAGUUAUUCCUUUAUUAGUGCCUAAAUUACAUAAGAAAGGACAAAUAUGUGUAUACAAUACCUACAGUUAUAAGAAAGUAAUUGAUUCUUUUAGAACCACCCUCAAGACAUUUGGUGAAAAAGCAAACAAAAACCAAAUUAAAAGAAACAAAAACUGCCAGUGCAAUCAAAUCUCUGUUACCAUGUGUACAUGAGUAAAGGUAGUCAAAUAUAUACUUAGGUUAUCGGCUCAGUAUUCGUUUUGUUAAAUUAUAAUCAGGUUCCUACUUGAGUAGAACUUCUACAGGAACUGGUCCCAUUCCUUGGAUAACUGACUCAAUAACCUUGAAUGUCGUUUUUUUUUUCAUUGUUGUAGAACUGGAUGGCUUAUACAAACCUUCGAGUCGAUAACUUCACCUUAUCUGACAGUCUUGUGUUUACGAGCAGCAACUCGCCAUCUCAACAGAUUGACUAUCCCUUUUGCCAGGUAAAGUGUAAUAUACUCUUAUUACUAACUUACUUACUUAAUUAACUGAUUAAUUAAUUAUUUAUUCGUUCGUUUUUUGAUGAUUUACAAUUGUACCAUGAAUUUCUCUUACGUAUUCUAAACGAGACAUCCUCUCUUAAGCAGAAACGUAGUUAAAUAAAUGGUCAUCAUGUUGUUGUUGAUGAUGAUGAACUUAACUAUGACUCGUUUGUAAGUUAAUUGAGUUGACGUACAGUCAGUUUUCGAGAAGGUAUAAGAAAACAGAACUUUU